UUUUUUUUUGUUGUGUUUAGAGAAGAAAAAAAAAGAGACAGUGCCCUUUCGCUCACGCUUUGAGUCGUCUCUUCUCCUCUCUUCUUAAUCCGCCGUCUCUCGUCUUUUCGCCGGCGUGGUUAGAUCGUGCAAACCUCAGUUAGGGAGAAUGUUGGGAAUUUUGAGGCAAAGAGCCAUCGAUGGAGGCUUGGCUGCUUCGACUCUUAGAAGGACGCGAUCCGCAUUGGUUUCUGCUAGGAGCUAUGCAGCUGGUGCCAAAGAGAUGACAGUGAGAGAUGCUCUAAAUUCUGCUAUUGAUGAGGAAAUGUCUGCAGAUCCUAAAGUAUUUGUCAUGGGUGAAGAGGUUGGCCAAUAUCAGGGUGCAUACAAGAUCACUAAAGGCCUUUUGGAGAAGUAUGGUCCUGAGAGAGUAUACGAUACCCCUAUUACCGAGGCUGGAUUUACUGGAAUUGGAGUUGGUGCCGCCUACGCUGGGUUAAAGCCUGUUGUCGAAUUUAUGACGUUCAACUUCUCUAUGCAGGCAAUUGAUCAUAUCAUCAAUUCUGCUGCAAAGUCAAAUUACAUGUCUGCUGGACAGAUAAAUGUACCCAUUGUCUUUAGAGGACCCAAUGGUGCAGCUGCUGGUGUUGGAGCUCAACAUUCUCAGUGUUAUGCAGCAUGGUACGCCUCAGUUCCUGGUUUGAAAGUUCUCGCUCCGUAUUCAGCUGAAGAUGCUCGUGGUCUUCUUAAAGCUGCCAUUAGAGACCCUGACCCUGUUGUCUUCCUUGAAAACGAGUUACUAUAUGGUGAAUCAUUCCCUAUUUCAGAAGAAGCACUUGAUUCAAGUUUCUGUCUUCCCAUAGGCAAAGCCAAGAUUGAACGAGAAGGAAAGGAUGUAACGAUAGUAACUUUCUCGAAGAUGGUCGGUUUUGCUCUCAAGGCCGCUGAGAAGCUCGCAGAAGAGGGAAUAAGCGCUGAGGUAAUAAAUCUUCGAUCAAUCCGUCCGCUUGACAGAGCCACCAUCAAUGCUUCAGUGAGGAAAACAAGUAGAUUGGUAACAGUUGAAGAAGGUUUCCCUCAACAUGGAGUCUGUGCAGAAAUCUGUGCGUCGGUUGUAGAAGAGAGCUUUUCAUACUUGGAUGCACCAGUGGAGAGGAUUGCAGGAGCUGAUGUUCCAAUGCCUUAUGCAGCUAACCUAGAGAGAUUGGCUCUUCCUCAGGUAGAGGAUAUCGUUCGAGCAGCAAAGAGAGCUUGUUACAGAUCGAAAUAAAAUCGUCAACAUCAACACAUUUCUUCUUUGGAUCUUUAAAGGGAAAGGAAAAUAAGAAAAAAAAAAAAAGGAGAAAAAUGACCUCUCACUUUUGCUAUAAAACCACCAUUUCUCGUGAUUUAUUUCAUCGUUUGCUAUGAUUCUUUGCUGCAGCGGUUUUCGUUCUUCUUUUUGUCCUUCCCAAGUUGAUAAUUCUAAUCUUUGGGGUUUAAUUGAUGAAAUUGAUCGAGAACGCUAGUAAAGGAGUUCACAACACGUUUUUUUUCCAACAAAUAAUGAAUGAGGUGUGCCUAAUUCAAGUUCUUCUA